AUGAACUCAAGCCAGAAUCCUUUUGAAGAGGCUUUUAUGAAAAACUUAAUUGUAGUUGGGUUGGGUGGCAUCAUAACCUACAUUGAUGGAAUCUUUGUGAUUGCCUUUUUUAAAAAUCCAGUUUUCUACACCGACACAAGAUACAUUCUGUACAUUCACCUCGUCAUCAAUGACAUAAUUAUGCUCUUCCUUUCAGUUACUCUGCAUGUCCUCGUUUAUGCUGUACCUCUUUUGAAUGUCACAGUCUGCAGUUUUCUGCUUCUGUUCGCCACAACAACUAAAGAAAACACUCCACUGAAUCUAGCUGGAAUGGCCUUGGAACGCUACAUUGCCAUCUGCAAACCGCUGCAUCACCCUCAGCUUUGCACAGUGAAAAGGACCUACAUCUUCAUAGGCCUGAUGUGGCUUCAGUCUUCUAUUCCUGCACUAACUGAUAUCAUUAUUGUUUUGGUGAAUGAACCCAUCAGUAUUUUUUCAACAUCCAUUACUUGCUAUUCUAAGAGUCUUUUUAACACAAAUCAGCACCUCAUCAGAACAAUCUCUGUAGAGUCUCUUUAUUUAUCAUGUGUGUGGAUGACGCUGUUCUUUACUUACUUCGGGGUUCUUCAGGCAGCUAAAGCUAUAACCUCUGAUCAGGUUUCUGCCAGAAAAGCCCAGAACACUAUUUUGCUCCAUGGCCUGCAGCUCCUUCUCUGUAUGCUUGGCUAUAUUACUCCAAUUAUAAACUACUUUUUCUUAGCACUGUUCCCAAACUAUAGAAGCACAGUUUUGUUCAGUACCUAUUUAAUGGCUAACGUUAUUCCAAGGCUACUCAGUCCUCUAAUAUAUGGAUUCCGAGAUCAAAAAAUGUUCAGAUAUGUCAAAAUGUAUUUAACGUGCAGUCUGUUCCUCACAAAGAUUGAACCAAAUGAAGUUGAGUCCUAG